UUGCUUUCAGUUUACCCUGUUCUUUACGAAGAACCACCGGGAGAAACUAAGUCAAGUACUAUUUCUUCAUACGAUACACCUCCAGUUGAAAAUGGAAGACUUCCUUCGAUUGGGAAAAUGUCGGCUCUUUUUGAUUUCAAGCCUGUCGGACCAAACCAACUUGAGAUUGUCGCAGGAGAAUGGUUAGAUUUAAUUCAGGCUCACGAUGAUGGGGGAAAUCCAGAGUGGAUUUGGGUACAGCGACUAAACGGAGAGCAUGGAUUCGUACCCGCAACCUACUGUAAAGCAGUGUAA